GCGCUGUAAUCAAAAGUUAAUCACUUCCUGUUAAGAUCUUGCCUGACUGUCAGAACAACAUCGAGUUCCAAAGAAGGAGAAGGUAUGGCAGACUACGGCAAAGAUUACAUGGCAAACAAUGCCGACCCCAAGAACAUCCAGGACCUGACAGCCUUUGUACAGACUCUUCUGCAACAGAUGCAGGACAAAUUCCAGAACAUGUCGGACCAAGUGAUCACAAGGAUUGAUGAGAUGGGAAACCGCAUUGAUGAUCUGGAGAAGAACAUAGCUGAUCUGAUGACACAGGCUGGUGUAGAUGACCGUGCAUAACUGAAUUUUGUCACUUGACUUCAUCAUCUUGUGUAUCUUGUAUGUCACGAUGUGUGUGUGUGUAUCAUGAUCUUAAUCUCUGGCAGUGGCCUAUCCUCUCAGCAAGGGGGUGUGGUCAUACCGAGGGUGUAUGUCCUUAACGACAGGGACUGCAUCACCGUACAUGGAACAUUCCACCCAGUAUCUUAGUGUGUGCCUUUGACAGAGACUGAACCACGUAGAGUACCAUAACAGUGGCAGCCUCAUUGUGUAGUGGUGUCGGAAACUUAUGUAGACAAAUUUGUUGAUUUAUGCAUAAAAAACCCAGCAUUUGUCACCAGUGCCGUCAUCCUGAAUUAUAUCAAGUCCAUCAUAUCAAGUUAGUACUGGGUCUGAAAGGAUGGCAUAAUCAAACAACAUCUGAAAUCUCAUCAUGUUGGUCCUGUCAUCCCCUUACUCUGUAGUGGAAUAGCCCACCAAGUGAAUAUACAUAUUAUAUAAUGUACAUAAUCCAUACAUCAUAUCAGAGUGCAGGGGAGGGCAGGAUUGACAGGCGUGUAACAAUGGAUGUAUAAUUCGUGUUUUUUUGGGCAGCUGACAUUGUCCAAUAACUUGCAUAAAAAUGUGAUCUAGCUAUAUUGAUGAAUUGACCAUAUAUUUAAACAUAACUGUUAUAACCCAGUAUUAUUCAGUUCUUUGUUGAAUAUUUUUAGGUUUUCUUUUAUUUUUUGAAAAAAAAUAAUAACUUGGCGGAUUUGGGCAAUUUUCUAUACUGGAAAUGCAAUUAAUUUAUUAUUCAGAUAAUUUAUUAUACCAUUUAUUGUUGUACAUUUGCUGUUUCUAUUAAAACAUCUUUGCUUGUGGUAGAAUUUAUUAAAACUUCUCAUUUC